UUCUUCUUCCUAAGCAAAAACACACAGACGAAGAAAUUAUUAUACAGAAGCUCAUGAUGAGUUGCUUUCUGAAACCCGACCACCAUGGGUCCUCAAGACGAGGGCAAAUUGUGAGCCUGGAAAUGGAAGAGAGAACAGAGAUAGCAGUAGCAGAAGAAGAAGAAGGUAUCUGGCUGACAUGGGAGGAUCUGAGCGUGACAGUGUCAAAUGGAAAAGACAAGUCGAAGCCAAUCCUUCAAGGCCUCACUGGUUAUGCCAAGCCAGGACAGCUCUUAGCCAUAAUGGGUCCUUCUGGUUGUGGCAAAUCCACCUUCCUUGAUGCCUUAGCAGGGAGGUUGUGUGCAAAGGCAAAGCAGACAGGAGAUAUCCUUAUCAAUGGCCACAAAAAAGCACUAGCCUAUGGAACAUCAGCAUAUCUGACGCAAGACGAUUCAAUAUUGACGACCCUUACGGUGGGAGAAGCAGUGCACUACUCAGCUCAGCUGCAACUUCCGGAUUCAAUGACGAAGUCAGAGAAGAAGGAGAGAGCGGACUUCUCAAUCAGGGAAAUGGGUCUGCAAGACGUCAUUAACACAAGGAUUGGAGGGUGUGGAGGUUCUAAAGGAAUCAGUGGAGGCCAAAAGAGGAGGGUUAGCAUGUGCAUUGAGAUUCUCACACGCCCUAGCCUUUUAUUCCUUGAUGAACCAACCAGUGGCCUUGAUAGUGCAGCUUCUUACUACGUCAUGAGUAGAAUUGCAAGCUUGAAUGAGAAGGAUGGAGUUCAGAGGACUAUUAUUGCAGCAAUACAUCAGCCGAGUAGUGAGGUUUUCCAGCUUUUUCACGACCUUUGUCUUCUGUCUUCUGGUCAAGCAGUGUACUUUGGCCCCGCUUCUGCUGCUAAUGAGUUUUUUGCAUCAAAUGGUUUUCCCUGCCCAACUCUCAGGAACCCCUCUGAUCAUUUUGUAAAGACCAUCAACAAUGAUUUUGAGAUGGAGGACCCUGAGCAAGGAUUAUCAGAAGGACUAACCACAGAAGAAACAGUUAAUAUUCUUGUGAAAUCAUACGAGUCAUCUGCAAUCAGUCACCAAGUUCAAACAGAAGUAGUUAAAAUAAGAUCAAGGAAUUCUGGUGCAAUGGAGCUGAAAAGGCAUGCUUCAUUCCUCAAGCAGUGCAUCAUUCUUACAAGAAGAUCAUUUGUGAAUAUGUAUCGCGACGUAGGCUACUACUGGUUACGUCUACUUGUCCAUGGUGGAUUGGCUAUAACUCUAGGCACUAUCUUCUACAAUAUAGGCUCAAGCGAAUCAGUUCAGAUAAGAGGCUCACUGCUCAUGUUUGUGGCCACAUUCCUGAGUUUCAUAACCAUUUGUGGAUUCUCUUCCCUUGUGGUUGACAUGAAGGUGUUUGAAAGAGAGAGACUAAAUGGGCAUUAUGGUGUUGCUGCAUACACCAUUGGACACACAUUCUCUUGUAUUCCGUUCUUGUUAUUGAUGUCACUGAUUCCAGGAGCAAUAGUUUAUUACCUAACCGGACUUCAUCAAGGUGGUCAACAUUUUCUGUACUUCGCUUCUGUGCUUUUCAUCUCAGUCAUGCUGGUUGAGAGCUUCAUGAUGAUUGUUGCAAGCAUGCUUCCAAACUUCUUGAUGGGGAUGAUCGCUGGAGCUGGAGUUCUGGGAGUAAUGAUGUUAAAUGGCGGAUUCUAUCGCCUUCCUUCAGAACUUCCAAGGUUCUUAUGGAGGUAUCCUUGUUACUACAUUUCCAUUCACAGGUAUGCUUACCAUGGAUUGUUCAAGAACGAGUUUGAGGGCCUGACAUUUAGUAUCAGUGAAGAGGGGAGGCCUAGGAUCAUUAGUGGGGAAGAAAUGCUGAGAAAUUCUUGGCAGAUCGACGUUGAGAACUCAAAGUGGAUCGAUCUUUUAAUCCUGGUAGGAAUGGCAAUUCUGUACAGAAGUCUGUUUAUAGUUAUCGUCAAGAGCAUUGAGAAGGUGAAGCCUAUAGUUGCAGCCUUCAACUUCAAGUGAGUGGUGUGAAUAUUCUAUAUGAGAUUUAGAGCGCGUGCGCGCGCAUAUAUAUAGGAUAAAUGAAUCAAGGAAAUUAUGAAACAAGCCAAACUGUGAAUGACUUUGAAGAAAAUUACAAUUAACUACAGAAGCUUAAUCAUGUCUAUAACUAAGGACUUGAACAAGAUAGAGUUUACUCCUCUUGAAGUUGGUUUUAGUAGGUAUUCUUCUACUUUUGUAUCUCUUUAAGAAAUAUUUUUUCAUAAAUUUGUGAAUUUGCUUGCUUUAA